UGAGGGAAAAAUCCCGUUGCGAAAUCAAGCACGUAUGUUGUCAUUUUCGCAACGACCCGUUGUUAUAUUUUUCAACAACGGCUGUUGGUGAAUUGUGCACGAACGUGCUCAAAUUGACACCGAGACGUGGUCAACUUUCGGUACCAACAACAGCCGUGCUUAAUUUGUCCAUUUGUAAUAUUGGUAAUUGCAGCCGAUUACACACGAGUAAAAAAUGACAACGGUGGUGCAUGAUUCACACACGGUCGUUGUCAAUAUGACACCGGUCGUGUAUGAAUUAUGCACCACCACCUGCAUAAUGAUGCACCACCGUUGUUACUUUGUACACCGACGUGCAUGAAUCGUACACGAUCGUUGCCAUUUUAGCAACUACCGUGUAUGAAUCAUGCACCACCGUUGUCAUUUUUUUUACUCGUGUGCAAUCGGCUGCAUAUUUACCAUUUUUUCCGUGUUAUUGAAAGAGAAAGGACGCAUUGUGCAAAAAAUUUAUUGAAAAUGAAUAAUAAUUCGCAAGAUCCUCAAAAUAUCAUUGGUGAGUUGUUAGAAAUCGAUGGCAAUAUUGUUGUGGUUCGCGAUACAAACCAUUGCAGCAGUCAAGAUGCGGAAAACAAUGAGGACGAUUAUAUGUUAAGGGAGUUCUUAAAAGGAAUAAAUAUGGAGUCGCUUUUUGAACAAUUAAAAGCAUCACAUGUAACAUUUCGCAGCUUGCAGUACUUGAAAAAAGAAGAUUUAAAGGAAGCAGUGCCACCAUUGGGACUGCGUGUUGAAUUCAGAGAAAAGCUCUUUGCUUGGAAAAAACGAAAGCUCGGGAUUGAUGACGAAACUAUGUCAGUUCCAUCUGAAAUAGGUGAAUGGUGGAAACGCAACGAGACACCUGCAAGUACUCCUGGUACUCCCGACACUACAGGUUCGAACUGCUCAAAAGCCAAAGGAAUUUUGUCAGAGGAUCUAACGGAAUUGUUAACACAUACCUCGAAGGGGAAACUAGCGCUUGAAUGUAGUAGCGUUAAUAAGAAAUUAAGUGACGAGCAAAGAGAUGAUAUAAUUAAUAUAAUUAUUGAAGAUAUUUUAACCAACAAUGUUACUCUUUACACUCAAGACUAUAUGCGCAUAUUGGAUGAAAUUUGUUCCGUUUUUCCUCUUGAAAACGAAAUGAGGGUAAGAUUAACAAUAUAAACAACGUAUCUGAUUAUGUAGUUUCUUAACUUAUAAUAUGUCUUUAUUUUUAGGAUUAUUAUUACAUUUCAAGAAAAGGAAAGAACAACGCAAGCGGAAAACUUUAUGCCAAGUAUAGAAACAAGAAGUCCAAAAGAAUAAAGCUUUUGAUUUCCGAGCCUAGCACAAGCAAAGCAGCAACUCACACAUCUCCUAAUUUUUGUAACAAAGAUGUUCCCGAAAUUGAUGAAUCAGUUGAAAAUUCAUUGAAAGCUUCCUUACUAAGAGAAUGUAAUGAUUGGGGAUCGAUCUGCGAAAAAUGGAAAAGAUCUUUUAACAUACGGCAAAGAGAUAUAAAAAAUUUAAGUAGCCAUACAUUUCUCCUUGAAUGGACGAAGUUGUCCGAUGCAAGAGCUUCAGAAUUGGUAAGUAGCCAUGAGCUAUUUAUUUGUAUAUGGAUACUAAUGUUUCGUUUUAGGUCAACAUUGAUUUCGAUAUUAUGUAUCCACAGAAAGGCAAUCUUCUACUUUCUAAAUGGGACCAAUUUAAGAAAAAAAUUUACAAUUAUUAUGGGAAAAAUAUUCAUAACGAACAUUGCAAACAACUCUUCGCAAAUGUUUUGACGGCAAGCAGCAUAGGUAAAUUUUAAUUCCUGAAGAUAACUUAGAACCAAAUGUUAUCAUUAAUACGCAUACCAUCGAAGAUUUGGCAAAAGAGGAAUAUUGUUACAAAAAAAGUAAGCCAGUUUUAAAUUACCAAAAUUGCAAAGUGUCUGAUGACAUUUUUUUUAAGGGAACUAGGUAUAAAAAAAACUAUUAUUUAGCAACAAAUAAUGCCGCAAUUGAACUUUUCAAAAUUAAACAUUUAAUAAUUGAAAAUGAAAAUGUUUACAUUUUAUGUAACCAAGUAAAAGUUAAAAACUUUGAUUACCAUUUACAAUCGUAUGAAGUUGGUUCUCUGAAUGAGGAUACAAUUUUUUUAAUACCAAUUUUAGAUUUUAUUACUUACCCAUUUCACUUAUAUCCUAUGAAUAAUGG